AUGGCAGAAAGAGAGUCACAUCUGUGGUUGGAAUGCAGGCACAUCAUCGACACAAAAGGUGUGAAAUUAGAAUCUCCGGGCUUCCCAGAAUCCUACCCGUCAAACCAUCAAUGUGUGUAUAUCAUCCGCUCUCCCCCGGAAGAAACGGUGACACUGACCUUUCACAAAUUCAAAUUAGAGAAAGGGGAAAACUGCCAGUACGAUUAUGUUAAGAUCAAAGAUGGUGAAAGUGCAGCCGCUGAUGUUUUGGAUAAAUUGUGUGGCGUUCAAGACAACAAGACGUACAAGUCUAGUGGGAGGUCACUUCGAUUGGAUUUUGUCACUGAUGUUGGUGUCAGUUUUAUGGGAUUCAGUGCCACGUAUACUUUCUCAAAUUGUCCUUUACGGUGUUACAAUGGUGGGACCUGCCAUAAUAAUACAUGCAAAUGUUCAUACGGUUAUCAGGGCCCCCAGUGUCAAUACCACAAGAGCUGCAAAGAUAAACCUUGCGAAAAUAAUGCCACAUGUUCAGAGAGGAGAAUUGGUUAUCAUUGUCACUGCACAACUCAAUACACCGGAUACAAUUGUGAAAGAAAAAAAUAUGAAGUAAAGCUGACUGGCAGAGAACGUGUUCAACGAAGGGACAACGUGGAAUUUAAAUGUUUCUUGAAUGGGAAAGCAGCGAGAAAUGCCAAAUGGUUUUUCAACGAAAACAGGCUUCAGGUCCAUACAAAUGACCGCGCCCAAAUUGAUAAACAUGUUUUAUAUAUUCACCAUGUAACCGAGGAAGACGAAGGCGACUAUUUAUGUGCAGUCUACAAGGAUGACAACGCUUAUUACGACGUUAAAAAACUGAAGGUCAGCGCUCGAUGCCGUUUGAGGGUUGAGGAGGCAAGAAAUAUCACGGUCAGUUCAAACCAAACAGCGAGACUAUUUUGUCCGAUUCGUACGCACCACGGUGUAAAGGUCAGCUGGAAAAAGAAUGGCCACCCCAUCAGACUGAGUUCACGAAAAGUUGCUGCAGGGCGGACAUUGAAAUUCGAAUCCGUUAUUUCAGUAGAUGAAGGCAAGUACACAUGUAUAGCUGUGGGACCAAAUGGUUGCUCUGCCAAAGCAGAUGUUUGGCUGACAUAUGAAAGGAAAGAUAUACCUCAAGAAUGUGGUAGGAAUAAUUUCCAUAUGCAUGACCACGGACUCUUGGCCAAAAUCAAGAGUGGUCACCGUGCGGCCUUGGGUUCAGCUCCAUGGUUUGUCAAUUUUGUUGAAGCAGCCGUCACGAAGUCGUUUUGUGGCGGGACGUUAAUUAGCCGAACUCAUAUCGUGACUGCUGCUCACUGCAUCAAACUGUUUAAAGGACCAUUCGACAACGCCAAUGUUCAUGUCUAUCUGGGCACCCAAAAUUGUUCGGGCCUCGGUGGCAUCAAGGUGCAAAUAAAGAAAGUCACAGUGCACCCACGAUAUAACCAAUCGUCACUUUUUGACAGCGACAUCGCUAUUGUUGAGUUGCAAGAAAAGUUGUAUUUCAACAAAAUCAUCCAGCCUCUCUGUUUGGUCGACAGUGCUGUUGUCGAAGAAGUUGCUUUUUAUUCUGGCGUCUUCGGAACCGUUGUCGGUUGCGGGAUGACAUCCACUGGCUAUCACCCACAUCAUCUGAACGAGGUGAAAGUCCCGUACGUCUCGAAUGAGAGCUGCCGAUCAACUCUUCAUGUUGGUCAUAACAUCACUUCCAAAAUGUUCUGCGCUGGUUCGAUCCAGGCCCACCAGGGAGAUUCAUGCCAAGGAGAUAGCGGCGGUCCGUAUGCAGUGCAACUACCCAGCUCCUCCCGUUGGAUACUCGUUGGAAUAGUGUCUUGGGGAUACAAAUGCGACCAGAGCGACUCUUACGGUGUCUACACAAAUGUCGGCCAAUUCUUCGAUUGGAUUACUCGCAUUAUGUCGGAACCGUAA